UCGGCGGGAGGGCAUUCGAGUUUUUUGAUUCACCCUCGACCUAGAGAAGAGCAAACCCUAGAGCAAACCAAGCUCCUUUGCUUCGAAAAACACCGCCGAGAGUGCGAGCAAGAAGGAGAUGAUGUUCGGGAGAACGAGGGAGGAGGCGGUCGAGAGGCUACGCGGGAUCGUGCGCGACUGCGUUACCAAGCACUUGUACUCCUCGGCCAUCUUCUUUGCCGACAAGGUCGCCGCCGCCACUUCCGAUCCCGCCGACAUCUACAUGCAAGCCCAGGCCCUCUUCCUUGGCCGCCAUUUCCGUCGUGCUCUCCACCUCCUCACGUCCUCCUCGUCUUCCGCUUCGCUUCUUCAUGAUCUUCGUUUUCGAUACCUCGCCGCCAAGUGCCUGGAGGAGUUGAAGGAAUGGCACCAGUGCUUGGCAAUGCUGGGUGAUGCGACUGUGGAUGAGCAUGGGAAUGUGCAGGAUCAAAAUGAUUCAAGUGCAAUGUCUUUGGAUAAGGAUGGUGAAGAUCAUGAGAUCAAUAUUAUUGCAGCUAUAUGUUUUUUGCGUGGCAAAGCAUACGAAGCUCUGGAAAACCGUGUUCAAGCUCGACAAUGGUACAAAGCGGCCGUGAAAGCUGACCCAUUAUGCUAUGAAGCAUUGGAAUGUUUAGUAGAUAAUUACAUGUUAUCAUGUGAAGAAGAGUCCAGUCUCUUGUCAUCUUUGCAAUUUGGGAAGGAUGAUGGGUGGCUAUCAACAUUUUAUUCAUGUUUAAUAAAGAAGCAUGAUAAAGAAAGCAUUGUGGAAGCCAAAUUUAAGGACCUUGAAAGGGAUGGCAUUGGUGCCUCCGAUUCCCCUUUUGGUUACUCUUUAAAAAGUAACACUGAUCUAUUGUCUGGUAAAGCUGAAUACUAUCAUCAAUGUGGAGAAUAUCAAAAAUGUUUUGAACUCACUUCAAUGCUGCUAGGGAGAGAUCCAUUCCAUCUAAAAUGCACAUUAAUUCAUAUAGUUGCCGCUAUGGAGCUUGGUCAUUCAAAUGAUCUUUAUCUUAUGGCAUGCAAUUUGGUUAGAGAUUAUCCUCAAAAAGCUCUGUCCUGGUUUGCUGUUGGGUGUUACUAUUACUGCAUAAAGAAGUAUGACCAGGCACGGAGAUAUUUUGGCAAGGCUACAAGCAUUGAUGGAUCAUUUCCACCAGCUUGGAUUGGUUCUGGGAAUGCUUAUGCUGCACAAGAGGAAAGUGAUCAGGCCAUGGCUGCAUUUCGCACAGGUGCACGUCUGUUUCCUGGGUGUCAUUUGCCAAUGCUAUACAUUGGAAUGGAAUACAUGCGAACGCACAACUUUAAACUUGCAGAACAGUAUUUUCUGCAGGCAAAAACCAUUUGCCCCUCGGACCCUCUUGUGUACAAUGAACUUGGAGUUGUUGCUUAUCAUAUGAAAGAGUAUCCCAAGGCAGUUCAGUGGUUUGAGAAGACUUUGGCUCGUGUUGCAUCAUCACUCAACGAAAUGUGGGAACCAACUUUGGUGAAUCUAGCACAUGCACAAAGAAAGUUAAAGAUGUACCAUAAGGCAGUGUCCUACUAUGAGAAAGCCUUGACUUUCUCCACUCAAAGUUUGAGUACAUUUGCUGGGCUGGCAUAUACAUAUCAUUUACAGGGUAACUUUGAUGCUGCAAUUGCCCACUACCACAAGGCACUAUGGUUGAAACCUGAUGACCUAUUCUGCACAGAGAUGCUCUCACUAGCAUUAGAAGAUGAUUGCCGAGGCAAUGCUCGUCGAUGGGAAUAAGCACUGUUUCGUAUUAUAUCCAGCAACAACAAGCAUGGUAUUCCCCUGAUGUUUUAUUGUGUAUAUGUAUGUUUCGUUUAGGAAUCAUCUUAGCAUUCUUGUUUGACAUGUUUCUCAUCAAAACAAGCAUUGCUUAUUUAUGAGAUCAAAUUACUUUGAUUUGCAGAACAAUGUGUUUCCUAUGAAAUUGAAUGGAAAUAUUUUGUAGUAUUAA